GGAUUACCUAAAAUCACCCUAUGGCCUGGGCGUAACCCUGGCUAUUGCCCUCUUGACCUGUUCCCUGUUACAAGUAAAUGCAUCCGAAGAUGAAGAGCGUCUGGUACGUGACCUCUUUCGAGGGUACAAUAAACUCAUACGACCCGUACAAAAUAUGACACAAAAAGUUGGAGUAAGAUUUGGUUUGGCGUUCGUACAGCUAAUCAAUGUCAAUGAGAAAAAUCAAAUUAUGAAAUCAAACGUAUGGUUACGUUUGGUUUGGUAUGAUUAUCAAUUACAAUGGGAUGAAGCUGAUUACGGCGGUAUUGGUGUUCUACGUUUGCCGCCCGAUAAGGUUUGGAAACCGGAUAUUGUAUUGUUCAAUAAUGCUGAUGGUAACUAUGAAGUACGCUACAAAUCGAACGUCUUGAUCUAUCCAACGGGAGAAGUGCUAUGGGUACCUCCGGCCAUUUAUCAGAGUUCAUGCACCAUUGAUGUCACAUAUUUCCCCUUCGAUCAGCAGACAUGUAUUAUGAAAUUCGGUUCAUGGACCUUUAACGGUGAUCAGGUGUCAUUGGCCCUGUAUAACAACAAGAAUUUCGUCGAUUUAUCAGAUUAUUGGAAAUCUGGCACAUGGGAUAUUAUUGAAGUGCCGGCCUAUUUGAAUGUCUACGAGGGAGAUGGUAAUCAUCCAACCGAAACCGAUAUUACAUUCUAUAUAAUCAUACGAAGGAAGACCCUUUUCUAUACGGUGAAUUUAAUUCUUCCCACUGUGUUGAUUUCAUUUUUGUGUGUUUUGGUAUUUUAUUUGCCAGCUGAGGCUGGUGAGAAGGUUACAUUGGGUAUUAGCAUUUUACUGUCACUGGUUGUGUUCCUGUUGCUGGUAUCGAAAAUUCUACCGCCAACAUCGCUGGUGCUGCCGUUGAUUGCUAAAUAUUUACUAUUUACUUUCAUUAUGAAUACGGUGUCGAUUUUGGUCACUGUCGUAAUUAUCAAUUGGAAUUUCCGUGGACCGAGAACACAUCGUAUGCCCAAUUGGAUUCGCCGGGCUUUUCUACAAUAUCUACCUGCCAUAUUGCUAAUGAAACGUCCACGCAAAACACGUCUACGCUGGAUGAUGGAGAUGCCCGGAACCAGUGCUCAAACGUAUCCCACUGCCUAUGGUUCACCGGCAGAAAUGCCCAAACAGAUUAGCGCCAUUGGGGGUAAGCAGUCGAAGAUGGAAGUUAUGGAAUUGUCAGAUUUACAUCAUCCUAACUGUAAGAUUAAUCGUAAAGUGAAUAGUGGUGCCGAUUUGGGUCUGGGUGAUCAUGGGCGAAGAGAAAGUGAAUCAUCGGAUUCGAUAUUGUUGUCGCCAGAAGCGAGUAAGGCCACCGAGGCGGUCGAAUUUAUAGCGGAACAUUUGCGAAAUGAGGAUCUUUAUAUACAGACUCGUGAGGAUUGGAAAUAUGUUGCCAUGGUCAUUGAUCGACUGCAGUUAUAUUUAUUCUUCAUUGUGACCACUGCCGGUACUAUUGGCAUUCUAAUGGAUGCUCCACAUAUCUUCGAGUAUGUCGAUCAGGAUCGUAUCAUCGAGAUUUACAGAGGCAAAUAGAUGAAUUUUAAGCGAAAAC